AUGGAGAUAUCUAAACAAGGAACGGAGAAGGAAGAGUGGGCAACUGGAACAACGAUUAAAAGUUUCAAAAAAGGAGUGUGUAACCAAUCUGUUAUUGCAAAGAUUUUUGACUUCAUAGUGUCUAAACAAUUGCAGUGUAUGUCGUCCUGCAUAAUUUCUGAAAAACAACAUAGUUUCGUUAAAAAUAGAUCAACUCUGUCGAACUUAAUAGAAUACUAUUCCUUUCUUAAUGAUGCUUUUGCCACUAAACUUCAAGUUGAUGCUGCAUAUACCGAUUUCUCUAAAGCCUUCGAUAAACUAAAUCAUAAGUUGCUACUUUUAAAGUUAUCCAAAUACGGUUUUAAUAACAACACUAUAAAGUGGUUAGCGUCAUUCUUAAGUGAUAGGCAGCAACAGUAUAUGACUGACGCAAUGGAAUUGCAAGAUGACCUUAAUAGAUUACAUGCAUGGUCUUUGAGCAAUUUACUACCUCUAAAUCUCAAAAAGUGUUAUGUGAUCUCUUUCCUCAACUCUAAAUCAUUGUAUGGAAUCCAUAUUAUAGAGUUGACUGUGAUCUACUAG